AUGUACUUUGCACUCACUUUCAGGUGGCAUCACGACCCAGAAUUUCACAAACCAUCGACAAUCGACAUUCUGAUAGGUGCAGAAAUUUUCUUAAAAUUAUUACGCGUAGGACAAAUAUCGUUAGCAAGUGAUGAAGUCACUCUCCAAAACACAUUUUUUGGGUGGAUUGUAGGUGGAAAGACUUCUGAUAUAUCGUUUCCCAAUGUUGCCAAGUGCAACUUAUCUUUGAAUAAAAUUCACAAAAAAAUCAGUGAUUUUUGGGAAAUCGAAAACGGCCCUACCGAAAAAAUUCUAUCGACCGAGGAAAAUGCGUGUGAAGCUCACUAUCAAAAAACGACUACUCGCGAUUUGGAAUCUGGGAAAUAUAUCGUCAGAUACCCUUUUAAAAAUGAUUUAAUCGGUCUCGGUGAAUCUCACAGCUCAGCUCUUAGGCGUUUUAAUUCUCUCGAACAAUCGUUUUAUAAAAAUCCAGAGCUCAAAAGCAUGUAUAUAACUUUUAUCAGAGAAUAUAUAGGCCUGGGUCACAUGUCCGAAGACGAAUCUCAAUCUACCCUCGACGGUUAUUUUAUACCUCAUCUAGCCGUGUUAAAACAAUCGAGUUUAACGACAAAACUCAGAACUGUCUUCGACGCCUCAGCGAAAACGUCAAACGGAAAAUCGCUCAAUGACAUUCUCAUGGUCGGUCCAAAUAUACAAGAAGACAUUUUUUCCUUGCUUGUUCGUUUCCGCUCCCACAAAUUUGCGUUAACGGCCGACAUUGAGAAAAUGUAUCGGCAAGUUUUGUUGCAUGAAAACGAUCAAAAAUUCCAGAGAAUUUUGUGGCGAGAAAAUUCUAACGAGCCUAUAAAAAUCUUCAAAUUAAAAACCGUGACGUACGGUACCUCUCCCGCUUCAUUUUUAGCCACUAGAACUCUCGUACAAUUAGCGAAAGACGAGGCUAUCUCGCACCCGUUUGCAUUCACUGCACUAACCGAAAAUUUUUAUAUGGACGAUUGUUUAACGGGCGGUCAAACUUUCGAGGAAACAAAACAAAUGGUCGAUGAAUUAAUUCAUGUCACUCGCAAGGGCGGUAUGAACAUAAGACAAUGGGCUUCCAACGAACCAGAGCUUAUCAACUUCUUAUCGACAGAAUCCGAUGAUUCAUAUAUUUGUUUAAAUUUAGAUGACAAAAUGAAAACUCUCGGUGUUUAUUGGAAUCCCCGUCCAGAUACCUUUGUUUAUGCGGUCAAAAAUUCUAACGUAAAUGCACCCGUAACUAAGCGGACAAUUUUAUCGGAAACAGCGCAACUAUUCGACCCCCUCGGAUUACUCGGCCCUGUCAUUUUACAGCCGAAAAUUAUAAUGCAAUCUCUGUGGCAAUUAAACAUAAAUUGGGACGAAGAAGUUCCUCGCGAAAUAGCUACGUCAUGGCUAGAACUUAGAGAGCAAAUGUCACUUUAUCUAAAAUCACAAUCAAACGAAAAAUAA